CCGGAAGAUGGGCCACUUUUCCUCUCAUGCAGCACAUCUUCUUUACACACUAUCUUUUACAGUCUACGAGCUACACACUGACACUUGUUGGGGAUACAUGUGUUCCUGUGUUGCUCUACCGAUUUACCGGCAGAUGAAGAAACCACGUCUGGUGACAUUUCUAAUCUAAGUGGGGCUGUUAACUUUCAGAAAAGGUAAUUGGUGCAUAAGGAAGGACACUGUAAACCCAAACUCCAGAAGGAGUGACCCAGCAGUCUGAAACCACUCACCUGGGCUUCUACCUGAUCUGACUCGGUGUGUGGUCUGAAAGGCAUUGCCCUGUGAGCCCAGAAGAAGAAGCUAAGGGUUUGCACAAAAACUGUGAGCUGAGUGAUUGACAGGACCGACAGACAUGGGGAAGCAGAACAGCAAGCUCCGUCCUGAGGUGAUGCAGGACCUCCUGGAGAGCACAGACUUCACCGAGCACGAGAUCCAGGAGUGGUACAAGGGCUUCCUGAGGGACUGCCCCAGCGGUAACCUCUCCAUGGAGGAGUUCAAGAAGAUCUACGGGAACUUCUUCCCCUACGGAGACGCUUCAAAGUUCGCCGAGCAUGUCUUUCGCACAUUUGAUGCUAACGGCGACGGGACAAUAGACUUCCGGGAGUUUAUCAUCGCACUAAGUGUGACGUCACGUGGCAAGCUGGAGCAGAAGCUGAAAUGGGCCUUCAGUAUGUAUGACCUGGACGGAAAUGGGUACAUCAGUAAAUCUGAGAUGCUGGAGAUUGUUCAGGCAAUCUAUAAGAUGGUGUCCUCUGUGAUGAAGAUGCCGGAGGACGAGUCAACACCUGAGAAGAGGACGGAGAAAAUCUUCAGGCAGAUGGACACCAACAGAGACGGUAAGCUGUCUCUGGAGGAGUUCAUCAAAGGAGCGAAGAGCGACCCCUCCAUCGUCCGCCUGUUGCAGUGCGACCCCAGCAGCGCCGGACAGUUCUAAAGCUGAGGCAUCAACACAACCUAGCUUCUCUGGGUGACUCUAAAUGCCCUUAACUCUCUACUAAGGAGCAGACUGAUGAUGAAGCUGAUGACGAUGAAGAGGACAGGCCUUCAAUAUGCACUGAGGACUUCAAAGAUGGGCACAGGAUCCACAUUCUCCAGUUGACAUUCUCCUCCCCGAGCUGUUUAUCUAAACCCUCCAAACUGAACCUGAAGACUUUCCCAAACCCUCAUCAGGUUAUCAAACCCCACUGAUUGUAGUUGACCAGGAUCCCUCAGUUCUCCUAUAGGCAUGUCAGAGUAUAAAGAAGGUCUGCAGUAGGUUGUAUAUAUACAGUAUAAACUGGAGUCUCUGUAUCAGUGUCUUUCCUUGGCUCUCUGUGCCCUUCGAGGCUCCAGCCGGGGCCACACAGAGCCUCUAAUGUGUAUCAUAGACAGAGUGUGUGCAUGAGACAACAAGAGAGAGAGGGAGAAGAUGGUGUUGAAUAACAGCACAUACUGUAGGUGAGAUUAUUUAAUCUGCAGAGACGACUUGUGAAGUUUGUCCUUCACUCAGAACAAGUAUUGCUUUUAGUUUCCUCUUUUCUACUGUGAGAAUGUGUACUUGAUAGACUUUCUUUCAUAUUUUGUGCUGGGACAAAAUUACAUGAACAUGUAAUAUUAUGCUACUAUGCAUAUGCACCCUAAUCAGUAGUUUGAUUUUGUGAAGUCUCACUGAUGUAAUGAAGGAUGAAACACAUCUCCUUAUCCAUCAUCCGUUCCAGCGGUUUUUCAUAUCAGUAAGAAUUUGACAGAGUGGCUGCGUGUUACUGCGCUCUAGUUUAAGGAAAAUAGAAAACUACUCUUUAAAGUAUUUGAGCACAGUGUAGAUAUAUUAAAGUGCACCUAAAUUUGGAAAGCAAAUUCAGACAGUCCAGAUUGCUCAGUUCAUAACAAAUAUUGUGAAAUGAUAAAAAUUACUUUGUUUAUUUAAGUUAUUGCGGGAUGUCAAGCAUGCCAACCAGUUUCCUCUUUGACAUUUACUACGUGAAGAACAAAGACACACUUCACGUUCACUUCUAGAUGUUUUUCAGUGCCGCAUGUUGAAUCAGUUGUUGAACAGUUGGAUACAGGGAUGCAUAGACUAAAUAACACAUAUGCAUGUGACUUAUGCGCAUGUGUGUGUUUUUAUGUAUGUUUAUGGAUAUGAGUGGCUAAACGGCCAGUCGCCCAUCUAGCUCUGUGCUCGCUUCUGUAUGUUAGUAUUGUCAUCGUUAGUGCUACCAGUAGUCAGUGUUAUUGACAGCGUAUGGACUGCCAAAGCUGACGUAUCCAGUGGUUCGUAUGAAUGACCUGAUGGUGGGAAACAAAGAGGAGCUUUAGGAAGAUCACCAUGCACAACAAACUAUAAACAUAAAGACACACUGUUGUGUGGGGAUGCUGGGUAGUCAGGGCUAAGAGCUUUUUUUCAGUUUCAGCUGAGCUCAGUAAUUAAAUCACCAUCCAAACAUACACAGAGAGGGCUGUGUUCUUCAGCAACAGUCCCAGUUCUUAGUACGCUUUCAAUUAAAUAGCAUGUACGCAGUUUACAGUAUUACGUAAAACGAAUGACAUGCUGUUGGUCCCGCUAAUACCGACACUCCCAAAAAAUUCAAAUGGAAGGAUUCGAUUGACUUUUUUUUUUUUUGGUCUCAUCUUCUGUUCCUCUGUCUCUCCUUCACUUAGCUGUCAACGAAAAGAGACAAAAGUUUUUAAAGAAAGUUCAACUAGGACCAGUGUGACCCUCCCCUGAAUGUAACCGAGCCCUGCCCAGGGCAGAGCGAAGCUGUUUCAGUUAUUGCAUUGUUUUCUUUUUUUAAUUAGAAACGCUUUGAAUGUUUUACUAAAGACUGCUGUUUUUUGUGAAGAAAAAAAAAAAAAAGAUGCAGACAAACAAACCGAGAAUCACAACUACUGCAAUGAUACUGUCACAAUGUGUUGCUUUUAUUGUAUUUGUAUGAUUUUUUUUUUCUUUUUUUUAAAAAGAAAACUACGUCAGGUGUAACAUUUCUGUUAAAACACAAAAUAGCAUCUUGUGGUCAAGUGCCAAAUAAAAACAAGAACAGUAUUGUAUAAAUUUAUACUGUACAAUUGUUAUAUGUUGAACAAAUUGUUUGUAAUUGUUGCAUUUUGUAGGUUUUGUAUGGUAUCCUGUAUUUAGUGACUUCAGUUUUGGAACACAGGAUUCUGUUUUUUGGUCAACUUUAAAAGGCAAAAAUUAAAUUUACAAUUUAUUGUGUGCAAGCAUGUGCUGGCUGGUUAAUUGUUUAAUAUUGUGGUUUAAGUGACAGUGUGACUGAAAGGUUCAUCCUGUAUUAGCUUCUUGCAGAUAUAUUGUAUCUGUGUAUAUGUUGACUGUAAAAUGUCCCACUCGGUACCUAUCUGGGUCAGAAUUAUUCAAAACCUAAUUUAAGGAAUCCUUGUGUAUGAGGAUAAGCAUGCAUGAAAAAGAAAGAAUAUUGGCCGAUAUCAGAUUUUUCAAACUUUUGAAUAUAGAAAUCGUUAUCGGUCAAAUUUUAAUAAUGUUAAAAAUCUGCUCCAUAAUUUCAAAAUGCUCAUAAAUAAAAGUAGCUGGAAAAGUGCUACACAGGAAC